UCUAGCCACCGAGCUUCCGUUUCUCCACUGCUCUCCGCGGAAGUCUCCGGCGGGCUGGGGGGCGCCUUCCGGGAGAGGGGCGCCCGGGAGAGGAAGGUCGCGGCUAGGGACUCUUGCUCCUUGCUGCUCAAGAAAUGUCUUCACUUUCAGAAUAUGCCUUGCGCAUGAGUCGUCUGAGUGCCCGGCUGUUUGGUGAAGUUGCCAGACCUACUGAUUCCAAAUCCAUGAAAGUGGUGAAGCUGUUUAGUGAGCAGCCUUUGGCCAAGAGGAAGGAAACUUAUGACUGGUAUCCAAAUCACAACACUUAUUUUGCACUGAUGGGGACACUACGUUUUCUUGGCCUCUACAGAGAUGAGCAUCAGGACUUUAAGGAUGAGCAGCGGCGCCUGAAGAAGCUUCGUGGAAAGGGGAAACCAAGGAAAGGAGAAGGGAAGAGAGCAGCAAAAAAGAAAUAGUGUUGGUCCAUCAGGAGAGGACUUCUUCCUCAGCGACUGAGAGCAAGAGGAAGUGUAUUUAUGGUCCCUCCACCUACUGGAGGAGUGUAAGCUUCCUGAGUUGAAGAUUAUUUGGAGGAACACAGUCAUCUCCGUGUUGAAGUCUAAUCCAGUUGAAUUGUGACUGGUUUCUUGAACAUGUUUCUAAUUCUGCAACGUUAUUUGCCUUGGCUCUUUAAUCGGAGGUUUACCUUAUUCCCCAAAGAAAUGAGCACAUGAUUGUUACUGAAUGACUUGUUUGGGGGGGGGGGUUGGGAUGCUGGGGGAGCGGAGGGGAAAACUCAUUAUAUGAACAUCCUCGUUACUCCCUUCUUGCUUCCCCACUUCACCAGCCCUAAGCUCUUUCAUCUCUCUGGCUGUUCAGCCACUGUCUCCACCACCAAGCUCACAAACUUUAUGUGCCUCUCCACCUACACCUUAGAGAAUAUCUGUAAGAUAAAUCUGUUGGAUGAAAAGGCUGUGUCUGGUAAGAGUAUUGAGUACCUGCUGUAUACAAGCUACCAGAGCCUUGGUAAUAACAGUGGUUUGCAACAAACAGUCCCUACCUCAUGGAACUUUCAGUCCCGUGGGAGAGACUAAUAUUACAUAAUUACAUAAAUACAAUUGUAUUACAUGCUACAAAGGAAAAAUCCAGACCAGACUUCUGUGAGAGUGUGGAUGAGUCGAUGGACUGACCCAGAAAGAUAGCAAGAGGCCCAAACCUCAUUAGGUAGUUUAAAGAAGGCCUCCCUAAAGAGGCGAUAUCUAAGCAGAGCUCUGAAGAAUACAGUAGAGGUAGGCAGAAGAAAAAUUGUGGAAAAAGUGUUUGAGGCACAGAGAACACCAUUUGCAAAGCCCUAAGGUAAGAGGAAAUUGUCCUGUUUAAGGAAUUGAAAAAAGACCACUAACUAGUAUGGGUUAGACGUGAUGAAAUAGACAAAGGCCAGGCUGUGAAGGACUUUGCGAGUUCUGUGAAAAAGCUUGGACUUAACCAACUUAACCAGAGAUCAGAGUUUAAGACAUUAUUUCUAUGAGAGAUGACUUGUAUACAGUUGGGUAGCUCGAUACUUAUUGUAUUGUGUUCUAGCAGUGAAUUUCCAAUGAAGUGGUGAGGGCUUCUCUGAUUUUUUUUCCCCCCAAGAAUUCUGAAGAUCCAUAGCACUAUCUAGGAAAUUUUUUAAGUACAUUCUUUUUAUUGUGGCAAAAUCAUAAAAUUUACCAUCUUAACUAUUUUUAAGUGUACAGUACAGAAGUGCUAACUAUAUGCACAGUGUUGUGCUAAAUAA